CGGGCUGGAUCCGGCCCGCGGGCCAUAGUUUGGGGAACCCUGCUACACUUUGGAAGCUUAUGACAGAAGGAACAAAACCUGCUUUGACACCUUUUGGUUUUACGUUUGAGGAUGACAAAUAAUCACCGUCCAGAUGGGGGGGGGGCCUGAACUCAUGGUGCAAAGCAUGAGACACGUCUCUUAAUGUGGAUGAACUCCGCUCACGUAAAAUACUAGCAACGAUAAGAGAAAAUCAAUUUGUCCACUAGUCCACGUGGGACGUGGACUUGGGCACCCCGAGCCUUUUCCGAUGCCGCCCUGGGUAACUGCCCAACUGAACAACCGCCUCUGCAGUCGGUUUGAUGUGUUUCAUGAAUGUGCGUUGCGUAUGCAGUGAAAAUGCAAAGGGGGUGAGGUACAAGCUUCCAUGCACUGGGGAGCUUUUGGGUGACAUGCAGAAAAAAUAUUUGCAGCAGAAUAAUACCACAGCACGUCAACUCAAUGAAGCACGGAGGUGGCAGCAUCAUGCUGUGGAGCCCUUGUUUUACAGAGUGACGUCAGUGUGGUUUUGCUUCCUGGUUAUGUCUUAGCCUAGCACACACAACAAAGAAAUAAAUCAAUAAAACACACAGUUGUAACGUGAGAAAAUGUGGAAAACGUUCAAGAGACAAAAACCUUUCAGUUAGUGAAUCUUGGGGAACAGGCUAUGUUUUUUUUUUUCUUAAUAUUUACAUAAUGUGCUUUCUUGUGUGGUUCAAGCUUUUAAAACAAUACUGAUAUUUGACUGAAACCAAUAAUUUCACAGCAGUUCUCUAAACGUGUGAUAGUGAUUGGAAUUAGCUGCUGCUGCGCAAAUUGUGUAAACCCAGCUGGUAGAUCCAGCUGGAUAAGCCAUUCCCAAAUUCAUCUAUUUUAAUCUUCAAUGAUGAAUCUCACUUCCAUCCAAAUUAUUAUAAUUUAUGUAAUCACCGGAUUAAGGAGGGCUGACUUCUCCCAAGGAGAGAGGAUGAUUUUUUUUUUUGAAGCCCAUGCGUUUUUUUUUGUUUUUGUUUUUGUUUUUUGUUUUUUGUUUUUUUUGUUUUUUUACGCACUGAAAUCUGACUCGACAUUAAAAAGCCACCGCGGCGGAUAGCAGCCACACAGUGCCGCGUUCCGCCCACCUCCACCCCUGUGUGAGCAACAGGUAGCUCCAUAUACGGACCAGAGAGGCGCCGCGCAGCCCUUCUGGCACCGGAUCUGCAGAGGGCGCACGGAGGGGCAGUGCCACCAUGCGCACUCCAUCCGACGCGCCUCUCCUGAGCGGAGGCAACCAGUCCCUGCUGGCUUCCAGCCUCGCCGGCGACCCGACGAUGGGAACCCCUUCGAACGGCACCCUCCACCCGAACGGAUCCGACCCGUUCGCGCGCAACGAGGACGUGGCCCAGAUCGAGAUCAUGGUCCUGAGCAUCACCUUCGUCGUCGCCGUGAUCGGGAACGUGAGCGUGCUGCUGGCCAUGUACAACACCAAGAAGAAGACGUCCCGCAUGCAUCUGUUCAUCAAGCACCUGAGCCUGGCCGACCUGGUGGUCGCCUUCUUCCAGGUGCUGCCGCAGCUCUGCUGGAAGAUCACCUUCCGCUUCUACGGCUCGGACUUCCUCUGCCGCGUGGUGAAGCACCUCCAGGUGAUGGGCAUGUUCGCCUCCACCUACAUGAUGGUGAUGAUGACCCUGGACCGCUACAUCGCCAUCUGCCACCCACUCAAGACCCUCCAGCAGCCCACCAAGCGCUCCUACGUGAUGAUCGUCUCCACGUGGAUGUGCAGCCUGGUGCUGAGCGUCCCGCAGUACUUCAUCUUCUCCCUGAGCGAGAUCCAGAACGGCUCCGAGGUGUACGACUGCUGGGCGCACUUCGUGGAGCCGUGGGGUUCCAAGGCGUACGUCACUUGGAUGACCGUGGGCAUCUUCCUGGUGCCGGUGGUCAUCCUCAUCCUGUGCUACGGCUUCAUCUGCCACACCAUCUGGAGGAACAUCAAGUACAAGAAGAAGAAGACGGUGGCCGGGGCGGCGGGCAAGAGCGGCUUGAUCGGGAAGUCGUCGGUCAGCAGCAUCAUGAUGAUCUCCAGGGCGAAGCUCAGGACGGUCAAGAUGACUUUCGUGAUCGUUCUGGCGUACAUCGUCUGCUGGGCGCCGUUUUUCACCGUGCAGAUGUGGUCGGUGUGGGACCGAAACUUCCAGUGGGACGAUUCUGAGAACACAGCGGUGACUCUGUCUGCGCUCCUCGCCAGUCUCAACAGCUGCUGCAACCCAUGGAUAUACAUGAUCUUCAGCGGCCACCUCCUGCAGGAUUUUGUGCACUGCUUCUCCUGCUGCUGCAAGCUGAGCGCCGACUACAAGGAGGACUCGGAGAGCAGCGUCCGCAGGACGACGCUGCUGACCAGGAUCACCAACCGGAGCCCGACAGGCAGCACCGGCAACUGGAGGGAGCUGGACAACUCCCCGAAAAUGUCAGCUCAGACAGAGUAAAACAGCCGGCGGCACCAAGAAACACAUGCAGAGUGAGCUCAUCUGUGGGCAUGUGUGAUUAGGACAAAAAGUCCCACAGACUUAGAAAUCCUAAGGGACAAGAAAGCAUUCUGCAUGGUGAAAAUGGAGCUAAACAGUGUAAAUAAGAAUAUAUAUAUA